GAUAGAUAGAUAUGCUACGUGUGUGGAGUGAAGUGGCGUGCAAGGACUGCAUGCACAUGGAGGAACAUGAUUUUGAAUCCAGUACAUCUUCGUUCUCUCUCCCUCUUCCUCCUCUCUUUUGUCUGAUCCACUUUUCACACUCCGUCUCUCCUCCGCCUGUAACUUUGAGUUUUACUACUGGCGGGAUAAAUCGGUGGGACUAGUGGGACGAACGAAUCGUCUUUUGCCAUUUUGCCAUAUGAGCUUACUGAUGGAUGGAAUGAUCGGUGUGCCCGUGUCAAACACCCUUUGUUGUUGUUAGUGUUCCUUAAUGCAUGCCCUGCUUCUCCGCCUCAUCCUCCUCCUCCUCCUCCUCCUCUUGUUCUCUCUGCCUCAAUAGCUAGCUGUUUCUAGCUGUCCCUCUUCCCUUUGUCAUGUGACGCUCACUCUCAGUGCCACGCCGUGCCUGCCUCGUGCCAUCGAAUAAGAAUUCUCCCCAAGCGCCACCGCCACAUUCUCCACCGCCCGCCACAGGCAUAAUUCCCCACGCGCAGCGCGAAAUCCUGACCGAUCCCUGCCAUUGCUUGCUCCUUUGCUGUGGGCUCCGGCGAGCGGAUUCAUCAUUCAUGGAGCGCGAGUUGCCUCCCAGAGCCCCCCACUCGGCGGAGGCCAAUUGGCCUAGUUUUUGCCACCCGAUCUCCAGCGGAGGCGGUGGCGGCGCAGCCGAGUCCUUGUGGGUUGACGAAUUCCUCGACUUUUCGGCCGCCAAGCGCGCCGCUAGCAGGCGGUCGGCUAGCGACUCGGUCGCGUUUGUCGAGACGGCGCCGGCGGACGGGAACGACGCCGACCAGAUGAUCAUGUCCAUGUUCUCCGACGAGGUGCCACGCUCGCCGUCGGAGACCGCGCCGGGCGCUGCAGGCGACCAGAGCACGGAGCAGAAAGCUGCUGCUGCCGCUGCUUCAGAGCAAAUUGUCGAUCCCAAAAGAGCCAAGAGGAUACUGGCAAAUCGACAAUCUGCACAGAGAUCCCGAAUUAGGAAGCUCCAAUACAUCUCUGAGUUGGAAAGGAGUGUCACAUCGCUCGAGACUGAGGUGUCAACAUUGUCUCCUCGAGUGGCGUUCCUCGAUCAACAGAGAUCUCUGCUCACCCUGGGCAACAGCCAUCUCAAGCAACGAAUUGCUGCGCUUGCCCAGGACAAGGUCUUUAAAGACGCACAUCAAGAGGCGCUGAGGAAGGAGAUAGACAGGCUGAGGCAAAUCUACCAGCAGCAGAGCUUCAAAGCAGGCUAAAACUGAUAACAUACCCCGCCCCUACCACGUGAUGGCUCCGUUGUCCAGGAGGGACACAAGGUCCCGCCCUCGAUUAAUUAUGACCGCCAUUGCUCAUCGUUGACUUGCGAAUCCAGGCUUGGGAUUUGUAGCGAUGAUUUAAAUAGUUUUUUUUUAUAAUCUUUCUUUCAUUUUGGCAAUUCAUGUUGGGGAGUAAAAAAAGGAUUGUGAGGAUUGUGGGGUUGCUGCUGUUGUUAUAAAUGUGUGUUCAGUUAUUAACUAAUUGAUUUGGAAGGUUUGCUAAUUGUAUUGUAGCC